CUACAACACUUCCAGCUCUCCACCAUGUUCACAGUGAAAAAACACAUCAUAACCUGCCAGUCCAUCCGCGGCGGUGCGCACGCUACAACAACAGCAGCACAGCCAGCAUCGCUCAAAUUAGCCGUGAAAGAGUAUAUCCCGAAAACAGAUCGCGUGAGAGAUGCGAACACGACACGCGUGACAAUCAUAGCCGCGCAUGCUAAUGGGAUUCCUAAGGAAGCGUACGAGCCGCUUUGGGAGGAGCUGGGAUGGCGGUUGGGGGAUUCGCUGGGGGGGAUCUGGAUUGCGGAUUGUGCGCAUCAGGGGGAGAGUGGGGUUUUGAAUGAGGGGUUGGUUGGGCAUGAUCCGAACUGGUUUGAUCAUUCACGGGACUUACUUGCGCUGGUACAUGCAUUCCAAGAUCCCAUUCAGCCCCCUAUCGUUGGUGUAGCGCAUAGCAUGGGCUGUGCACAGCUGGUCCAACUAUCAACCAUGCACCCGCGUCUAUUCCAAAGCUUAAUCCUCAUAGAGCCAGUGAUCCGAGAAACGAUACCGGCAGGGCCCAACGCCGCCCUCAUGGCAACCAACAGACCGGACCUAUGGAGCUCCCUGUCCGCCGCAAAAUCCGACUUCCAACGCAGCAAAUUUUACAGAUCCUGGGACAAGCGCGUGUUAGACAAGUAUACAGAGUACGGACUGCGCCGAACGCCCACGCUGCUGUAUCCAGACGCUGCGGAUGGCUCCGUCACUCUCGCCACCACCAAACACCAAGAAGCGUGGUCGUACGUCCGUCCACUGUUCGCUGCUCGUCCAGCGGACGGUCGAAUCGAUGAGCAGGAACGCUUGAUUGCGGGAGAUAUGCCGACAGAGCAAGCACAGUAUCAGUUCCACCGCGCGGAAUCCAUCAUCGCGUCGGAAUCUCUACCGUCGCUUUACCCGUACACUACAUGGAUCUUUGGCAGCAAGAGCUACAUCAACAGCCGCGCCGACCGAGAAGAUUUAGUAGCGCGUACGGGGCGCUCAGUCAGAGGAAGUGCGGGUGUGAACUCGUUGGUUGUGGACGGGGCCGGUCAUGGGCUCCCCUUGGAGAAGGUGAGCGAGACUGCUGGUUUGAUGAGCGGGCAGAUUGAGAUGUGCUUGAUCAAGUAUCGCGAGGAAGUCGGGUUUUGGAAGACAUAUGACUCUGGGAAGUCGGCUAGAGGGGGGCUCGUAGUUUCGGAGACGUGGGAAAAGGCUGUGAGGGAGAGGUCUGAUGUUAAGCGACCACUGGCGCCGGCACCGAAGCUUUGA